ACCCGAUGCAUUUCGAAGCUCACAAACAAGUUAGGCUCUAAUAGACACGGACACUGUCACUAUUUGCCCCCCAUAAAGUGACCACAGCCAUUUAUUCCUCAACGCUUCACGCCACACAGCAGCAUCAACUCACUCACCGGCCUACCUUCGACCACCCACCGCCCGUUUGACAUCUCGUCAGUCAGUCAGUCAGUCAGAAGAUGAGCUCCAGCGGCCCCUCCAGCACAAUGCCUUCGUCUCUGACAUCCUGCACAAACACGUCCUGCAGCCGACCCUCCACCGACAUGCCGCCCACGUACCACAGCCCCGCACCCUCACGACCAUCGCCCCUCAUCACACUCACGGUUGGCCCAUCGGGCUGCGGCUGCUGCGUGCCGUCCAUGGGCGCGGCGUUGCCUGGUGAGUCGUCGUCGAUGACGACCACCUCGGGCGCUGCUGCUGCUGCUGAGGGUGGGCGGGGAGGUGCCACAAAGGGGAGGGAGGGGAUGGCUGUCCAUGGGCUGUCGCUGCGGGACUGGCCUUCUAACAACCUAAAGGAGAGAGGGGGAGAGGUAGAUAUGAAUGGGCUCAGCUCAGCUCAGCUCAGCUUACUGCUGUCUGACGGCGUCGAGCACGACGUUGGAUAGCUUGGCUUUGAAGGGCGGCUUGAGCAUCAUGGUCACGUGCGGCACACGACCAGCCAACACGGGCAGCCCAUCCACACUCUGACCCUCACCACCACCGCCACCGCCACCUGCACCAGCCGGAGCAGCGGCAGCAGCAGCAGCAGCAGCGGCAGCAGCGGCAGGUGCCUGAGCUCCACUGUCCCCCUCAGCGGCGUUUUGUUCGUCGACAUCCAUGGCGUCGUUGCCAGCCACACUCGGGGGUGGGGAGGGGGAGGGCGACCUGCGGGGGAGGGGGCCGUUGUUGUUGAAUAUGGGGUCGGACGGCAUGCUGAUGGGGUACAGGAGGCCCUCGGGCUCCACUGCCGCCACCACGAGCAUGUCGGUGGCCAGGAUGAGGUGCGUGACACGGAGGGGGUAGACCUGACCCUGCACACACACAUAGCAUACAUCGAAUAGAGCGAGGGAGUAUUGUAUUCGGUGCAUCCAUCUCUUGCUGUGUGUUGUCUUGUGUUGUGUGCUUGUGGGUGCUGACUGACCCUCUUGUCCUUUGCUGUCUGCAGCGCAUGGCUGUCGGCGUAUCGCCUCGAGCAACCGAAGAAGAAUGUCGUCAUGUGCAGCGACGGAACCCAGUUGAAACCCUGCAAACAAGCAAAGCAACACACGGACGGAUGCAUUGAGUUGAGCAGCAUUACCAUUGAGAAAAACCACUUCCACAUCAACCUAACCUCUCUCCCCUCUCCCAGAGGGCAGGCAGGCUACCUGCAGCAUUUGGCUGCCGUCGAUGGCCAAGUGUGGAAAUGCCCUCUCCAUCCGCCUCACGAGCGUCCGCACGGCGUUGUCCAGCACGCCGCGGCAGCCUAUCAGGUCGAUGCCUGCAUACACCGGCACGGAGGGCGGCGGCGGGGCGGGCGCCAGGGAGGGGAAGAGGGCCCCGGAGGGGUCGGAGGCGAUGGCGCGGUCGGCAUCGUCAUAGAUGGUCCGGAGGGAGGCGACCAUCUUGCCGUAGUUGACGUCGACCUGCAUGGGCGAAGGACGGAGGCAGAUAGAUGAGUGUAAUUAAGGGGAAUUAAUUGAGGCAGGCUGCGUUUACUUGUGUUUUGAUGAGCUCUGGGGUGUCGGGAGACCGCUGGGUGGUCAGCAUGUGGUUUAUCGACUCGUAAAUGGUCAUGUUCUGCACACACACCACACCGAACACACACAUAUGCACAUUCCCACACGGCGGCUAUUUCUUUCUCCGUACCUUUGGGUUGUCCUCAAAGGGUCUGAAGUCGACCAGCGCCUCCCUCACCAGCCGCCGGACAUUCCCCCACCACUCAUCGCCCUCACCCUCACCCUCACCCACCCCCUCGCCCACACCCACACCCACGCCACCAUCGCCCCGCAUCCAUCGGGGCUGCGACGUGUCGACGGCCACCACCCUGUCGAUGCCAUCUCGCUGCAUGGCCCGCUGCGACAUGUCAGUGUACCCCCGGUAGAGGGAGAAGAACGACAGGACGAUGUGCACUCCCCGCGGGCCCGCCAGGGUGGGGUGGUCGGUGCGGGAGACCACACGCGCCAGGCCCUCGAUGAGGGUGUCGAGGGCCCAUGGGAAGGGCCAGGGGCCGUGCUGCGCCAGGAGCUGGUCGAACGAGCCAGGGGAAGGGACCCGGCAACCUGGGAAAAGAAGAGAUGGAUAUGUGCACUACAUCCUGAAUGACUCGCUUCUUCUCUUCCUCACCUGCCGGGAUUUCCCCAACAGCCCCGGUCUGUGUGGCGUUCGGUGGCAGGAUGAGCAUGGCCACCACCAGAUUGACUCGGGGCACCACCACGCCCUCACUCUCACCCUGACCCUGACCCUCACCCACCGCCCCCUCGCCAUUCCUCUCCUCCUUCUCCCUUCGCCGCGCGUCGCUCUCCAGCUGCCGGUUCAGCCUGCCCACAAGAGUCCUCAGGUACGACGCCUGCCUCGCUAUCGCACUGGGCGGGUGGUUCUUAUCGACGAUCAGCGCCACACGGCCGCCAGGGGGGAGAGUCCACGACGGCUGGCCAGGGCCGCUACUCCCCGGCCGCUGUGGCUUAGCCUCCGGCAGGUUGGGCCGCAUCUUGCCGCCCUCGUAUGUGUUGGCUGCCGCUGGUAGUGGCAUGGAGCCGUUUGGCUGUGGCUGCAGUGGUGGGAGGCCGAUGAGCGUGCGCAGGACGUUGCUGGCCUCUACGUCGGCCUGGACCAUGUCUUGCUGGAUCUGCUCUGAGAGGUAGCCGUCGGGCGGGGACGGCAAGAUGGCCGGCCGCAGCUGGUCGAAGAAACGCUCCACGGCAGUGUUGAGCCGCUGGGAGCCUGGAAAGACACACACACACGGAGGGAAAGGGGGGAGAGAGAGACGAGGAGAGGAGAUCAGGUAGGUGAUGGGAGCCACCCAGCCAGCCACCCACCUGUGGAUGCUGCUUGUUUGAAGGUUGGCUGAGGCACAUCGGCCAUCGGGUUGUAACCACGCUCACGCAACGCCUGACACACAAGAAUAUGCAGUGCAAUUGAAGAGCCUCCCUGCCUCCCUGCCUGGCUGUAUCCCUGUGUAGUACCUUGGCAGUGAACUCAUCGGAGGACGCAUAGAAUAGACAGUCGCACAACGAGCCCUCCGGCCGCUCCCCGCCCUCCGGCGGCAUCAAUAGCACCUCUGAAAAGAAGACACAGAGGAGCAAAACACACACACAUCCCCACUCAGUAGCGAGAUGGACAGCAGAAUCCCCCCCUCUCCCUCCCCCUCCGGACCUGGCCCCCCGGUGGUAUUGUCCCUCUGCAGCAUGCGCGACGUUUCGUUGACCCAUCUCUGCAGCAGUGUCGACUUGCCCGACCCGGGAAAGCCCACGGGAAACAGCGCCAGGACCGUCGCCGCACACUCAUACUUGGCAGGGGAGGGGGCGUACGGGGCCAGUGAGGGGGGCGGGGGCGGCGCAUUGCUCGCCAGCCGCUCCCGGAGGGCCGACGCGGCUCUGCUGAUCACCUGCAGACACACAACAUGGGAAGGUGUUUGUUGCGGGUUGGUUCUGUCAGUCAGUCACUGCCUCACCCACCCCACCUGAAUGGCGUCGUCCCCCUCUUGUCCCUCCUUGGGCACCCCCGAGAGUGCGACACAGCAAGGCCACAUGCUGGCGGCCUCCUCGGCCAGCUCCCGCCACUUGUCGAGCAUCACCCCCGCCAUCGCCCGCUGGUUCACCACCACGUCCGUCUCGCCGUUCCACUGCACAGGCGGCUCCACACGGCCCGCCACGUCGCCCACAGAGGGUCGGGCGGCGGUGUCCGUCAUGGCCGUGGGUGAUGUGGCUGUGGCUGUGGCGUGCUGCAGCCGCCUGAGGGACUCCUGCACGCCCUGUAUGUCAUAUCCCCAGAAGACGUUGACGAUGUGCCGGUCCCGGAGGGCGGCGAUGCGGUCGUCGUCCUUGUUGGUUUUGCCUCUGCCGCCCCUGUUGCUGUUGACGUCGGUGUUGAGCUUGAGGGCGCUGUCGAUGGUCUUGGGGAUGUGAUUCAUGUGCAGCGCGUCCCACCCCGUGGACACACGGCUGUGCACGCCCUGCACCACACGAUUGGAAAAGGGCUCCAGCGAAUCUGCACACACAUACACACACACACACACACACGCACACACGCACCUCUCUCUCUCUCUCUGUGUGUGUGUGUGUGUUUGUGUGCUGGUGGGUCACUUGGCUCACCGCCUCUCUGGUCGGGUGCCUUUUCAUGUGGCGGAAGCGUGAGUGUCUCCUUGAGCUUGGCGACCAGCCCCACGGGCAGCAGCAGUGGCGGGCAGAUGAUGUUGACGCACACGCCCCUGCCGGCCCUGGGCCCCUCCCCUCCUCGGUGCAUCUGUUUGACGGCCUCUGCGUUGCCCUUGACCAUCUGCAUGAAGUCGAGGAACCGGUUGUCCACCUCGUCCACGUCCAUCUGCCGCCAAUGGCCCUCCACAUGCCUGUGGAGGCGGGAAGGACAGGAGUGACAAACAAACGUGAUUAACUGAUCUCUCUCUCUCUCUCUCUCUUUCUCACCUGACACACAUCUCAUAGAGUGUCUCAAACUCCUCCCGGCUCCCCUCGCCCCCGGCACCACCCUCCUGCUGCUGCUGUUGCUGCUGCUGCUGCUGCUGCUGCCGUGCCCUAAGCAUGGGCUCCCACUGCUGCAUGUCGCCCCUGAACGAGUCCACCUCCUCAGCACACAGGUCCCGCAGCCGCCCCCCGUUGCCGGCCACGCUCUUGGCCUUUGGGAUGAACCUCUUGAGCCGCUCGCGCAUCCGCCGUAGAAUGCGGUAGUCGACCGACUUGAACUUGCCGAUGCCAAGGACAGACUGAGAGGGUUGGGGGCGGGAGGGGGGAGGGACGGCGACGAGGUAGAUGACGACGCCUUCCCCGACGGAGGCCAGGGGGCUGGCCUCCACGUUGUCGCGCAGCGCCUCGAUCAUCGACAUCAGCUGCCACGACGACCGGACGGUCUCCCCCACCUGACAAACACACACACACACACACACAGCACCAGGUAUUGUCACUCCUCGUUCGGCUCUCCCCUCCCCUCUGCAUGGCAUCAACGCACCCACCUGUUUGCAGCCGACUGCAUUGAGUCCGUGGUUCUUGAGCAUGGCCUGCGUCUUCUGCGGCGGCCAGCACUGCUCGACGCCGUCUGAGGGCACGGCAGCGUACCAGACCAGGCCGAGAGUGUCGUAGGCCACGAGAUGCUGCCGCUCAGACACACCCACCAGCUCCCCUAUCAAUGUGGCCGACGACAGGUCGCUCUUCAGACAUGACAGCUGCACAGACAGACAGAGAGGGGGCGAGGUGUGUGUGUGUGUGUGUGUGUGUGUGUGGUCGCCAUCAAGCAUACCUGCCGUGCGUCGAGUCGUUCAAUGUCUGCAAACCAGGCCUGGGCGAUCUUGCGGGCGAAGCCGUAGCGCUGCUCGCUGUACUGGGGCGAGAAUAUGUCGGUGCGGCCCCGGGCAAGCAGCGCCACGUUCUUGGAGGCGAUCACCCACGCCUCAAGCACCGUCGAAUAAGACACCUGCACACACACACACACACACACACAUAUAUGUGCUGCAGUGACUGAACCUGCGUGUGUCUUCUUGUUUCUGACCUGGGCGUUCUCUCCGUUGGCUUUGUCUAGCUGAAACAGCUGCAGUUGCCACCCCGCCCUGAGUGCCUCGGUGAUCCUCACGGCCCACUGUGCUGCGAUCUUCUCCGCCUGCCCCUGUGCGGGCGGCAUGGCCGUCACAUCGGCCAUGGCGCUGCAUUGGGAGAGGUAACUCGACAGCAGGGACGUGUUGACGUCGAAGAACUUCGGGAGACCUCUGUGGGCCGGGCGGCAGACAGACAGACAGACAGACAGGCAGACAAGUGCUCAGUGGUGCGAUGGACGAUGUGUGAGAGGAUGUACACGUGUCUGGUCUCAUCUCCCACAUGUACCUACCUCCUGAUUAUCUGGGGUUCCCCGUCGGCAUUCCGCAACAGCGAGCACCCACGACGCAGUACAAACUGCAUGCACACACACCACACAACCGCAGACAGUCGCAUCCCUCACCGCGUUUUUGCCCAUUUGCCCGUUGGUCACCCACCUGUAGUUCCUGAUCUUCGGCGUAGAGGUCAUUCUCGCCCGCUUUAGACUUGAUGGACACGUCGCAGACCUUCCACCCCUCGCCCGCCACGGGCACGCCUCGCUGCACCACCGACACGGCACUGCCCCGACGUUGCACCCACUGCCACAGAUCACGGCCCGUAGAGGCCACAGAUCCAACUUGGUUGGACCGAAGGGCGGUGGUCAUGACGGUGAUCGGACGGCUGGUGGUCAGCAGGGUGUGGGAGCGGGAGGAGGGUGGAAAUGGGGUGAGGGAGAAGGCCGAUGUGAGGCUGAUGGUUGAUCUGCUGAUGGCGAGUAUCGUGACGAUGUGGAUGCAUGCAGGACCGCACAUCCAGCCCCUACUGAUCUGAAGGGGUCAGG